AUAACGGCCCUCCGGCCGCGGAGAGCGGAUCUGCGGCUCUAACUUUACACGUUGCAGUGAUUUGUGUGAUUUUUACGUGUUUAUCUGCUCGAGACUCUUAGAGACUUUCAACCUGCGCUUCAUGUAAAAUGAUGUAUAACGUGUAUGGGAACACUGAACUGGAAGAGACACUGUGUGAUAAUGAAGACUCUGCGAUGAUGAUGAUGAUGAUGAAGACUGAACUAUAAAUGCAAUGUUCGGCUCAGAGGGCUAUCAGCUGUGUUACAGCGCCACCUGCUGGAUGGACACACAUACUCAUGCUCAGAGGUUCCCACGCUGCUGCAGUGCUACAUGUUGGAUAUGGAUCAUAUACAGCUCAUUAUUAGAAAUCAAUAUGAUGAUGUUUAAAGAGAACGAGAUGUAACCGAGGCCAGUCAAAGAAAGUUUAAUAAUACACAUUUGAGUGAGUUUUGAGAAUAUAAUGUUGAGCUUGCUGAUAGCGCUAAAGAUCAAUAACUUGUUCUCCGAAAGUAUUCAGCGUCAGUUCAACAGGUCUGGACGGGCGUCGGGAUCAAUAAUCCAAUAAGCAGCGUUCUGGCCUGCACUCCGGCGCUGCAGGUGGCGCCAGCGAGUCUGAGCGUGGGCUGCACUUAAAUUAACGUAGAAGAAGAAAGCACGCAACGUGCGCCCAGUACCACCGAAGAAGAGACCGACUGACGGGACUACCGGAGGUGGAGCGGAGUCUCAGUUCUUCACGCCGCCCCUUUAAGACGAACGUGUUGGUGUUGGUCCGCAGCCCUGCGUGUACUUCCUGUCACCUCUGACCCCGACGAUGGUGUUGAGGGAGAUUCCAGCUGAAAACAUCACCCGUCCUCUGGGCAGGAACGAGGUCAUCGGCCUGCUCUUCCGUCUCACCAUAUUCGGAGCCGUCACCUACUUCACCAUCAAGUGGAUGGUGGACGCCAUCGACCCCACCAGGAAGCAGAAGGUGGAGGCUCAGAAACAGGCAGAGAAGUUGAUGCGUCAGAUUGGUGUUAAAAAUGUGAAGCUGUCUGAAUAUGAGAUGAGCAUCGCCGCUCACCUGGUCGACCCGCUGAGCAUGCAGAUCACAUGGAGAGACAUUGCAGGUCUGGACGAGGUGAUCACAGAGUUGAAGGAGACGGUCAUCUUACCUGUUCAGAAGAGACACCUGUUCCAGGGAUCCAGACUGCUGCAGCCUCCGAAAGGUGUGCUGCUGUACGGGCCUCCGGGCUGCGGUAAAACGCUGAUCGCCAAGGCAACUGCCAAGGAGGCGGGGUUUCGUUUCAUCAACCUGCAGCCGAGCACGCUGACGGACAAAUGGUACGGAGAGUCCCAGAAACUGGCUGCUGCUGUGUUCUCAUUGGCCGUUAAACUGCAGCCGUCAAUCAUCUUCGUCGACGAGAUAGACUCGUUCCUGAGGAGUCGAUCCAGCUCGGACCACGAAGCCACGGCCAUGAUGAAGGCUCAGUUCAUGAGUCUGUGGGACGGACUGGAUACGGACCACCACUGCCAGGUGAUCAUAAUGGGAGCGACCAAUCGUCCUCAAGACCUCGACUCGGCUAUUCUGAGAAGGAUGCCGACCAGGUUCCACAUCAACCAGCCGAGCGUGAGGCAGAGAGAGGAGAUCCUCAGACUCAUCCUGGAGAACGAGAGCGUGGACCUGUCGGUUGACCUUGUCGACGUCGCCAAGGAAACGGACGGUUUCUCAGGAAGUGACCUCAGAGAGAUGUGCCGCGACGCCGCUCUGCUCUGCGUCCGAGACUUCGUCCACACUCAGAACGACAGUCCAUCAGAGGACUUCAUUCGUCCGAUCCAUCAGUCUGACCUUCAGAAGGCCAUCGGUAAGAUGAAGAAAUCUAAAUCGGCGGGUGGACACGGCGUCCUGCUGCACGCCGCUCUGGACUGAAGACGCACACACUCAUCAAAUGAUGACCUCAUCAAGCCCAGCCUGCAGUCGCGGGUUCGAUUCCCGACCCGUUCAUCAGUUCAGUGUGUGCGUACUGAGCUGCUGUCUCUUCAUGUGUUUAAAUCUGUUCGUGUGCCACUGCUUUGAUUUCAUUUAAACCAGCUGCUGACGUCCGUCUGUGUCUUCGACUCUCAGAAACAGAAACGUUGUCGAACAAACGCUGCUUUGAGAAUCCAGAAAUAAAAAUAAAGAACCACACGUCUGUUUCUAAAAGUCAGACGGUAAAGAUAGUCGCAACGUUGCAGUUUGGGAGGCGACAGAAUUCUUCGUUACACCCGUUGUUGUGCUUUGCUGCAGGUUUCUGCUGUAAAUAAACUCUGAGUUUCUUUUUACAGAUGAACUCAAACACACGAGUCUCCUCGUCCUUGAACCAGACUACAGGCACUGAUUCCAACCUGUCCACUUGUUACCGCCUUAAAUGGGGAAGUCUCUAUUUAUAAUCCCUCAUCACUGGUUGCACUUGUCCACCUGUUUGGUUUUAUUCCAUAUAAUCUAGUUUUACCUACUGGAGACAUAUAUCUUUUAAAAAAUUCAUUUUUAAACUAGUCAUGCAAACAAGUGAACUGGGGUCCAAACUGCCGACACUCUGAACUAAAGGCUCACUGACUCGGGCCGGUUUAACUAAUCACUGUAUAUCAAGUUUAGUUGGGAUUUUAAAGUAAAAGUGUUAUUCUGUUUGUUGUUAAUACAUGUCAAUAAAUCUCAUGUUCAGACUCAA